UCUCCGCGUAAAGUCGCGUGAGUCGAUACAAUGCCGCUGUGGUUCCAGCUCACUUGAUUUCCGUGGUGCAGUGUAGUGAAUAGUGUUGGAUAGUUUAUGUGGUGAAUUUUGGAUAUCGUAGCAUAAGGAGUCUAAUACAACCACCUGGUCCUGUAGAGUAGCGCCAUGUUGCUGUGGAGAUCUACCCUCGUAGUCACGGCGUGUGUCUUAUCAAUAUCACAUGCUAAGAGGUCGAGGCAUCGAAAAGAAGCCUCUCCACAACCACUGCCAAUAGUGACAACGGUAGUGCCAGAAGACUAUGUAGACAGCGUAGACUCACUCACAGAACAAAACCCAUGUCUAGUCCAGUAUUGUGGCAAGGGCAGAGAGUGCCAUGUAGUGAACGGUGUGGCACAGUGUGUGUGUCAAAGGAGAUGUAGUAAGCACCAGAAGGCUGUGUGUGGGUCUGAUGGUAGACUCUACGGCAAGCACUGUGGAACUAACAGAUAUUGUAUUGUUUCAGACCUAUAUCUAGUCCAGUAUUGUGGCAAGGGCAGAGAGUGCCAUGUAGUGAACGGUGUGGCACAGUGUGUGUGUCAAAGGAGAUGUAGUAAGCACCAGAAGGCUGUGUGUGGGUCUGAUGACCCAUGUCUAGUCCAGUAUUGUGGCAAGGGCAGAGAGUGCCAUGUAGUGAACGGUGUGGCACAGUGUGUGUGUCAAAGGAGAUGUAACCCAUGUCUAGUCCAGUAUUGUGGCAAGGGCAGAGAGUGCCAUGUAGUGAACGGUGUGGCACAGUGUGUGUGUCAAAGGAGAUGUAGUAAGCACCAGAAGGCAGUGUGUGGGUCUGAUGACCCAUGUCUAGUCCAGUAUUGUGGCAAGGGCAGAGAGUGCCAUGUAGUGAACGGUGUGGCACAGUGUGUGUGUCAAAGGAGAUGUAGUAAGCACCAGAAGGCAGUGUGUGGGUCUGAUGGUAGACUCUACGACAACCACUGUGAACUACAUAGAACGUCGUGUCUUACUAACUCAAAUAUCGUAGUGGACCACUCGUUCUCGUGCAUAUCCCCAGAUGGGACUCCAAUCAAGAAGGCUGAGAACAUAUCUCUAGUAGAGCUAGAAACAGUUUCAUCUACGACAUCUCCUGUAACAAUUCCUGCUACCAACAGCAGCUUCCCUGAUCUUCCCGAUGGUAAUCCUGAGGACAACGAGGCAGACACAGACUUGUACUACGACAAAGAAGAGUGCUCUCUGCAGGAGUAUGAAAUACUUAAGGACAAUCUUCUUCUGUUCAACCACGCCAAGAUGAUGGGAUCUGACCCGCGAGCCUCUGGAAAGGAGUACUUGGUUUCCAAGAUGUUCCGAAUGUACGACGAAAACAACAACGGUCUACUAGAUACUGAUGAACUGGACCUAGUCGCAGAGCGAGAACAGUUGAGCCAGUUGUCCCAAAUUUGCGCACUAAGAGACAUGAUAACAUACGAUGAUGCAGACAAGGACAGUCGGCUUAGCAGGGCAGAGUUCUACGCUGCCUUCAGCAAACUGUACAGCCUAUCAGUGGUUUCGCUGGACAAAGCGCUUGAGGUGAACCACCUGAGUGCAAGGGUAGGGGACAACGUGGAGAUCAAGUGUGACGUCAGUGGUACUCCUCCCCCUCCCAUCGUCUGGAGGAGGAACACAGCCGAUCUGUCGUCUCUGGGGGAGGACGAAGUGAGGGUGUUUACGGACGGUUCCCUCUACCUGACCAGGAUACAGCUGGUGCAUGCCGGGAACUACACGUGUCACGCCCAGAGGAACAGAGAUGUUACUCAGACCCACGUGCUCACCGUGCAUACUAUACCUGAUGUGAAGGUUACUCCCAGAAUACAGUCUCGUCGGCCAGGUGAAGAAGCGGCCAUGUUUUGCCACGUAAUUGGAGAACCAUUCCCCAAGGUUGAGUGGCUGAAAAACGACGAGCCUCUCAAGCUGGACUUUCCUCACAAGUACAGUAUCAUCGGCAACGGUACGGAGUUGAGGCUCCACAACAUCGGCUACGCUGACACUGGAGCGUACAUGUGUCAGGCGACCAACGUAGGAGGAGUCACCAGGGACAUAUCAUCCCUCAUCGUACAGGAGGAGCCGACCCCUACUGCGCCCAAUGAGGAGAGACGAUUCUUCUCCUUCCAUGACUGGGGAGUGUCUGUGUACGAGCCUACAGCCUGUAGACUUUACCAUCAGAUACAGUCUACUGAUAUCAUACCUGGCACACAGGAGUACGUAUGCGGUGAUAAGGGUGUCAACUGUAGCUGGGGUCAAGCAAUCAACGUUGCCAACAGAUAUGUGUACGUCUCUCAGCCUCUAAAGGACAGAGUUCUUGUAAUCAGCAAGAUACAGAUGGUCGUAGUGGAUGUGGUUGUAACCGACAAGAACCCAGUGGCGCUGCACUACGUACCUCACAUGGACCAAGUGUGGGUGCUCAACUGGCGCAGUGAGCGAGACCAAGGUGUAAAGACCAUCCAGGUCAUCAGAGACGCCGCGCAGAAGAGGAAACACCACACUGUACACCCGGAGCCGAUAGAUGGGCAGUUCGACUUGGUGCGGGACCUCUUCAUGCCACCUAUACAGGAUAUGUCCCACAUGUUCAAGUACGGAUAUGUAAGCCACACCAACCAGAGAGGACUGUACAAGCUAGACCUAGCCAACAUGAGAUACAUUCGUAGUCUGGACCUAACUCCGUACAACUGUGUACCUCGCUCCAUGCAAUUCUCAGCUUUAUAUGGUUUCGUUAUUGUGGAGUGCGAAGAGCCGGUGACAGGUCGAGCUACCGGUCAGAUCCUCUUGGACUACCUGACAGACGCUGUGAUCAGCCAGAAGGUCGGACUGUCAGGUCGUCCUAUGGUCUCUCCCAACUCUAGAACUGUGGUCACCCUGGACCGUGCCAGAGAUGGAGUCACACUGGUAGUGCAGCAAGUCACUGAGUCCGGACUGAAGUUUCUGUUCGACGUAAAGACGACGCUGAAUGUCAGUGACAUGACGUUCUACCCGUCCCAGACAACCCACGGGUAUGACCUGUACGCCAGCGCCGUAGACAAAGAGGAUAUACUGUUCCUCAAUCUGGUCACAGGCAAGGUGGAGAUGAUCACCGGUGUGGGGAAAGCGAUGCACCCCUCCCUCUCCCAAUGGGGCAACCCCAACAGACCAAUCGCGGCCUCGGGCGUGUUCGGCCACUACAUGGUCACUCCGGCCAACGAGGCGCUGUUCGUGGUCAACGGAGAGACUAGGACAGUCAACUGCGAGAUAGGAGGCUUGGUGCAUCCCCGGGCCGUCGUCUGGGUAACCAUGCAGCUACAGUGAGCAACUCCACAGCCCACCCCGUGUACAUUGUAAAUAGCGUUGAUUUUACCGUCACUUUUGAUAAUCACAGAGUCGUGUAGUUUCGUUGCCACGUUUAGUGUAGUACGAUACGAGUGAAACAAUCAUUAUUUCGCUGUCGCCGUGUGAUAUCGCUUUAUUUGUUUGUGGUCGUUGUUGGCCUUCCGCUGGAGCGGUGGUGGACAGAUUUAUCACCGAGGCUGGUGACACGCUAUUCUUUCAACUAUUCAGCUUGCAGCACGUGAGCUUUGUAUGAAUCAAGUUCCUAAAUUGAAAUCAGCUCUUUGUUUCGGUAUGUUUAACUCUAUUCGAAAACAGAAUGUUGAUUUUUGUCGUAGCCUACGGUGUUUUGAAUACACCAAAAUAGCCUGUGGUAUUUUCUGUUAUAUCGAUCACACUAUAGGUUAGGUUAGGUUAGUCAGUUUAUUUGUAUAAUUAAAAACAUGUACUAAUAAACCUUAAUAAUCCAAUUCAACCUAAAGUUCUUGAAAUCAAGGUGUGAUUGGUGUAACAAACAUUACCAAAUUAAUUAUGAUGUUUUUAUUGAGCUUAAAUACAAUUUUCAAGUAAAUGCGGGUAACUCGUGAAGAAUUGAAAGAUGUUUCGCUUGGUUACACAGUAUUUCCUCUAUAAAUGUCUUUCCAUUGUUCAUAUCUUUUAUCUUCCUUUAAUGUUUGUUGUUUCAAUCAACACAUUUUCAAGUCCAAAUGAUUAUAAAAGGCACGGUACACAUUCACUGUCCAAGUAUUGAGAUGCAGUGUUAUUCGAUAGAAUUAAUUUAGUUUGGUAUUUGGAGAAAAAUAUUUUUGAUAGUCAGUAAUAGCGUACAAUGUAUAGUCGAUUCAUAGAUAUUCACAGACAUAGUGCUAAAGCCUCGAUUACGAAGCUUCUAGUCCUCCUAAGGUGCUGAUGUACUUGGCACUUUAUAAAUUAAUCAAUUUUGUUUUAUAAUUUUUAAAAAAUCUCACAUUGUUAAUAGUAACAUUUCUAGUCAUUUUAUUAUCAAGUAUGAAACUGUACAUGUAAGGAACAUGCUUUAUAUUGUAAUAUAAUGGUUGUAACAAUAAA